GCCCUCGGCCCCGCCCAUGGCAGAGCGCAGUCACGUGACCCGGGCUGAGGGGCGCAGCAUUGCGCGGUCAUGGUGGGCCAGAUGUACUGCUCCCCCGGCAGCCACCUGGCCCGGGCGCUGACGCGGGCGCUGGCGCUGGCCCUGGUGCUGGCCCUGCUGGUCGGGCCGUUCCUGAGCGGCCUGGCGGGGGCGAUCCCAGCGCCGGGGGGCCGCUGGGCGCGCGAUGGGCCGGUCCCUCCAGCCUCCCGCAGCCGCUCGGUGCUCCUGGACGUCUCGGCGGGCCAGCUGCUUAUGGUGGACGGACGCCACCCUGACGCCGUGGCCUGGGCCAACCUCACCAACGCCAUCCGCGAGACUGGGUGGGCCUUUCUGGAGCUGGGCACAAGUGGCCAAUACAAUGACAGCUUGCAGGCCUAUGCAGCCGGUGUGGUGGAGGCUGCUGUGUCGGAGGAGCUCAUCUACAUGCACUGGAUGAACACGGUGGUGAAUUACUGCGGCCCCUUCGAGUAUGAAGUCGGCUACUGCGAGAGGCUGAAGAGCUUCCUGGAGGCCAAUCUAGAGUGGAUGCAGGAAGAGAUGGAGUCAAACCCAUACUCAGCUUACUGGCACCAGGUGCGGCUGACCCUCCUGCAGCUGAAAGGCCUGGAGGACAGCUACGAAGGCCGUGUGAGCUUCCCAGCUGGGAAGUUCACCAUCAAACCCUUGGGGUUCCUCCUGCUGCAGCUCUCUGGGGACCUGGAAGACCUGGAGCUGGCCCUGAACAAGACCAAGAUCAAACCUUCUCUGGGCUCUGGCUCCUGUUCUGCCCUCAUCAAGCUGCUCCCUGGCCAGAGUGACCUCCUGGUUGCCCACAACACCUGGAACAACUACCAGCACAUGCUGCGUGUCAUCAAGAAGUACUGGCUCCAGUUCCGGGAAGGCCCCCGGGGGGACUACCCGCUGGUUCCCGGCAACAAGCUGGUCUUCUCCUCCUACCCCGGCACCAUCUUCUCCUGCGACGACUUCUACAUCCUGGGCAGUGGGCUGGUGACACUGGAGACCACCAUUGGCAACAAGAACCCAGCCCUGUGGAAGUAUGUGCGGCCCAGGGGCUGUGUGCUGGAGUGGGUACGCAACAUCGUGGCCAACCGCCUGGCCUCGGAUGGGGCCACCUGGGCAGACAUCUUCAAGAGGUUCAACAGUGGCACGUAUAACAACCAGUGGAUGAUCGUGGACUACAAGGCGUUCAUCCCGGGUGGGCCCAGCCCCGGGAGCCGGGUGCUCACCAUCCUGGAGCAGAUCCCCGGCAUGGUGGUGGUGGCUGACAAGACCUCGGAGCUCUACCAGAAGACCUACUGGGCCAGCUACAACAUACCGUCCUUCGAGACUGUGUUCAAUGCCAGUGGGCUGCAGGCCCUAGUGGCCCAGUAUGGGGACUGGUUUUCUUAUGACGGGAGCCCCCGGGCCCAGAUCUUCCGGCGGAACCAGUCACUGGUACAAGACAUGGACUCCAUGGUCAGGCUGAUGAGGUACAAUGACUUCCUCCAUGACCCCCUGUCACUGUGCAAAGCCUGCGACCCCCAGCCCAAUGGGGAGAAUGCUAUCUCCGCCCGCUCCGACCUCAACCCGGCCAAUGGCUCCUACCCCUUCCAGGCCCUGCGUCAGCGCUCCCAUGGGGGUAUCGACGUGAAGGUGACCAGCAUGUCACUGGCCAGGAUCCUGAGCCUGCUGGCGGCCAGCGGUCCCACGUGGGACCAGGUGCCCCCGUUCCAGUGGAGCACCUCGCCCUUCAGCGGCCUGCUGCACAUGGGCCAGCCAGACCUCUGGAAGUUCACGCCUGUCAAGGUUUCAUGGGACUGAAGUUCUGUCCCUGCUCUGCUGCUUUUGCCCCUGCUGACCCUCGGCAGGGUCACCCCCGUCCCAAGGCCACCGGACUUCUAACUCCAGCCCCUUCUGGGGGCUUUGUUCUCUGAUCUGGGGUCUGAGUCAUCUCCUCCUAGAGUGGGUCACGAACCUGAUGGGGCUCAGAACUGACCCCCUCUCUCCCCUGAGGUGGGUGGGCACCAUGGCGUCUCUUCUGCCCUGCCCUAAAUCUCCCACUCUCUGUUUCUGUCUAUUUCCUACUGCUGCUCUCUCAAUCUCAUUCCCACCUCUGGGGCCCCUUCCUCGUGCUUCUCCUUCCUGAGGGCUUGGGAAGGUCCUGGGGCAGACUCUGGGGCUCCCAUGGGGUGGAAGGAGCCUGUUCCAGCACCCUUCUCCCAGCUGCAUUCCCACGGGUGGCCCUGGAGCUGGUGAGCUUUGUCUGGGCGUUGUCUUCGGCUGGCAUUGCUCCUCCCAGCUCUGGCCCCUCUGCUCCCUCAGGAAGCAGUCCCCUCGUCUCCCUUUCUGGGCAGCUUCCUUGAGGACAGAAACUUGAAAACAAACACAAACCAAAGUUUCUGGCCAUCUGUGGCUGGAGGGUUCUGAAUGUCCUCUCUCCAUGUCAGGCAGAGGGUCAGCCCCCACGCUUCUGCCUCAGGCCCCACCCCACCCCACCCCAGGCCUGCCCCUCACCUCAGGGCCAUACCCACAGCGCCCUGAUGGAGGAACCAGACCGCAGGCUGUGCCACCAUUAAACAAGAGUGGCUGUGGCCCCAUGCUGUGCUUCUUGGGGUGGCAGGGAAGGUGGGGUCAGCGCUUUUUCUCCUCUCAGGUUUGGGUUCUGCGCCAUCCCCCAUGCAGCCUCCUGUGCAGCCCUCUGUCUGUCCUUCUGUCCAUUCAUUCAUCUGCCAACAUACUCACCCAUCAUCCAUCUGCACAGCCUUCCACCCACCCAUCUGUCUUCCAUCCAUCCAUCCAUCCAUCUACCUAUCCAUUUAUCAUCCAUCCACUCACCCAUCCAACCACCCAUCCAACCAUUCAGCCAUCUCCAUCUGUCCAUUUUCUUUCUUCUUCUUCUUCUUUUUUUUUUUUUGUUAUUUCUGAGUAGGAGUUUCACUCUAUUGCCCAGGCUGGAGUGCAAUGGCAUAAUCUCUGCUCACUGCAACCUCUGCUUCCUGGGUUCGAGCGAUUCUCCUGCCUUAGCUUCCCAAGUAGCUGGGGUUACAGGCAUGAGCCACCAUGCCUGGCUAAUUUUGUAUUUUUAGUAGAGACAGGGUUUCACCAUGUUAGCCAGGCUGGUCUCGAGCUCCUGGCCUCAAGUGAUCUGUCCGUCUUGGCCUCCCAAAGUGCUUGGAUUACAGAUGUGAGCCCCCGCACCUGGCCUCAUUUGUCCAUUUUCCAUCCACUUACCCACCCACCCAUUUACUCAUCCAGCCAUUGACUCAUCCAUCCACCUAUGAGAUCAGACAGGGAGGGAUCCUUUUUCGUAUUGGUCUGUAUACCACAGCAUGGCUUACGAAGUUCUUAUCUAUCACCCAUCCACCCACCCAUUUAUCUACCCACCCAUUCAUCCACCCACCCAUCCAACUACCUAUCCAUUCAUCCAUCCACCCAUCUGCCAACGCAUCCAUCCAUCCACCCACCCAAUCAUCUACCCACUCACCUAUCCACCCAUCCACCUACCUAUUUGUCACCCAUCCACCCAUCCAUCCAUCCAAUCACCCAUCCAACCAUCAAUCCAACCAUUUUCAUCUGUUCAUUUUCCAUCCAUAUACCCGUCCACCCAUUCACUCCUCCAUCCAUCUACCUAUCCAUUUAUCACCCAUUUACCCAUCCAUCCAUCCUUCCAACCAUUUAUCCACCCAUCCAACCAUUUCCAUCUGUUUUUUCAUCCAUCUACCCAUCCACCCAUUCACUCAUCCAUCCACCUUCCUAUCCAUUUAUCAUCCAUCUACCCACUCACCCAUCCAUCCAACCUUCCAACCAUUUAUCCACCCAUCCAACUAUUUCCAUCUGUUCAUUUUCCACCCAUUUACCCAUCCACUAAUUCACUCAUCCAUCCACCUACCUAUCCAUUUAUCAUCCAUCUACCCACUCACCCAUCCAUCCAUCCUUCCAACCAUUUAUCCACCCAUCCAACCAUUUCCAUCUGUUCAUUUCCAUCCAUCUACCCAUCUACCCAUUCACUCAUCCAUCCACCUAUCCAUUUAUCACCCAUCUACCCAUCCAUCCACCCACUCAUCCAUCCAUCCAUCCAUCCACCCACCCACCCGUCCAUCCACCUACCUAUUCAUUUAUCACCCAUCCAUCCACACACGGGUCUGUGCAGAUUCAUUAAUAUCCACCCAUGCAUCCAUAUUUAUCUAUUUUCUAUCCAUCAGCCAUCCAUUCAUUCAUGUCCAUCCAUCCAUCCAUCCAUCCAUCCAUCCAUCCAGAUGUUUAUUGAGCACCUGUGUUCUGGGUCCUAUUUGGGAGCCUUGUUAACCACCAAGACCUUCCUAAGCCAUAUUGUGGUAUACAGACAGAUACAAAAAAAAGGCUCUCUCCCUGUCUGAUCUCAUGCAGCCUGCCUUGGAGACAAGACUCUCCCAGUGCUGUGUGCUUGGAGAGAGGAAAGCACACAGCCCUGGAGUCAGAGACCUGGGUUUCAAUUCUGUCUCCACCUCUUAUUAGCUAGCUAUGGACUCCUCUCUGAGCCUCGAUUACCUCAUCUGUGAAAUGGGGUAAUGGUGUGAGCAGCGUUUCCCUGGGGGAUGUGAUGCAGCCCACAUGGGGCCUCAUGCACUCAGCAUCUCUUUAUUAGCAAACACUUAUUGAACCCCUAGUACAUGCCAGGCACUGUUAUGAGGUCCCGGGGAUACUUUAUAACAAAAGGGACAGAAGCGUUCCUGCUCUUGUGAAGUUUACAUUGACUAGAUAGUAAACAAAAUAAAUGAAAUAUGCAGUGUGUCA